GGUUUGAUUGGUCGAUAAAGUAUAAUACCGUAUUGGUACUGACUUGUUUGCAGAAAAAUGGAAGAAAUUUCGAAUCCUCUCUCCUCCGAUCUACCCACCACCACCACUACUCUUCCCAUCCCGGGCGCCGCCGAUGAGAGCAACCCCUUAACUUCUACCCCAUCCAGAAGAAUUACAGGUCCGGCUAAGUGGCCCACAAUCGAUGGUCCAUUGGGGCUCUCAUAUCAGGAUUCAGUAGCUUACGCUCGUAGAUUCUUCAAUUUCGGAUUUUUCUGUCUUCCUUUCCUUUGGGCGGUCAAUUGCUUCUAUUUCUGGCCCGUUCUUCGCCACCCGAAUUCUCAUAAUUCCCACGCCCUAUUCCGCCGCUAUGUUGUUGGAUCAGCAAUUGGCUUCUUGGCGUUUGCUGUGAUUCUCUCUUCAUGGUCUGUUACCUUUAUGAUUGGCGGGAACCAACUUUUUGGCCCGGUGUGGGAUAAAUUAGUUAUGUACAAUGUUGCCGAAAGAUAUGGAUUAACUGAGCUUAUCUAGAUCUACAUGUUAGCGGUUUCAGUUCCAUAAUCGGCAUGGAUAUAGAGUUAUUUCAUGAGCUGAAGUAUCUUUAUUAACAUGGUUGAUGCACCGUUGCUGAAGUCUGGUUCUUGGGGUAGAAAGGGAUGGUCAGUAUCCUUGUGGCAUGGUUUCAUACUUCUUCGACUCUUUAGCUGUCUACAAAGGGUUGCUUGAAUGAAAUCGGUUUUGUUUGUAAACGAAGAUUUUGAUUGAAACAGUAAAUUUCAUUGUUAGAUUGUUUUUAUUGAACCAUCAAGAUUCAUAAGGAACGAAGAAAAUUCCAAAAUAUAUAUAUGCACAUACUCCAGAGGCAAAUCCAAGCGGAAUAGGCAUUUUUCUUGUCGUUUGUUUUGGAGAUUGUUUUUCUUUUGAAUCGAGAGGAACUGAAGAAGUUCAACGAAGAAUGUACCUUGGGAUUAACUUACCAUGUGACUGGAUUUUGUUAUCAACGAAGAAUGUACCUUGGGAUUAACUUA